UGAUGACGUUGACGUUGGCUUGUGGCGUAGGGGCGGCGGCCGCACGUGUUUCAGCUGGGGGAGGCGGUGUGGUCUGUGGGUUUGGAAAAGACGCGGGUCCCUGAAGUGUCUCUGCUGGCUACGGCGCGUGGUAUUUUAGGCUUAGGCAGCUGGCUGUGUUGUCUCCGCUCCUCCCUGUCUGCGGAGAGGGAAGCGGCGGGGAGGUGGUGGGGACACAGCUGGAGCCCCUGAAGGGGAAGGGAGCAGCCGGGAUUAGGGGUAGGAGGUGUGGAGCGCGUGAGUGCAGGGCUGCGGUCCAGAAUCGGGGAGCAGUCGAUAGUAGGGGAGGGUUCCACAGGCAAAGUGCUCACCCGCCGGGAUCCGUGCUGGUCCCGAGGAGAGCUUGCGGUAGCAGCGCGAUGUUCGGGGCCCGGUGCCUGCUCCGAGCCCUGCGCUCCUGCACCUCAGCCCCCUGCCCAAGACACAAACCUUCCGCCAGACUGAGCGUUCGGGACGCGCUCGGGGUCCGAAGCACGAAUGGGGAGCGCGUUAAGGUCCAGGGAUGGAUUCGUUCAGUCCGAUCCCAGAAGGAAGUGUUGUUCCUGCAUAUAAAUGACGGAUCAUCUUUGGAAAGCCUUCAAGUUGUAGCUGAUUCAAGCUUUGACAGUAGAGAACUGGCUUUUGGGAGUUCUGUGGAAGUUCAAGGGCAGCUGGUGAAAAGUCCAUCCAAAAAGCAGAAUGUGGAACUGAAGGCAGAAAAAAUUGAAAUUGUUGGAAAUUGUGAUGCCAAGGCUUUUCCUUUUAAAUAUAAAGAGAGGCAUCCUCUGGAGUAUCUGAGACAGUAUCCCCACCUCAGGUGCAGGACUAAUGCUCUGGGUUCCAUACUGAGGAUUCGCAGUGAAGCCACAGCUGCUAUUCAUUCUUUCUUUAAGGACAGUGGCUUUGUCCAUAUUCAUACUCCAAUAAUCACAUCCAAUGACUGUGAAGGGGCUGGAGAACUGUUCCAAGUGGAACCUUCAAGUAAAAUUAAGGUGCCUGAGGAGAAUUUCUUCAAUGUUCCUGCUUUCUUAACUGUUUCGGGACAACUUCACCUAGAAGUGAUGUCAGGAGCUUUUACUCAAGUGUUUACCUUUGGUCCAACAUUCCGAGCAGAGAAUUCUCAGAGCCGGAGACACCUGGCAGAGUUUUAUAUGGUAGAAGCAGAGAUUUCUUUUGUUGAGAGUCUUCAAGAUCUCAUGCAGGUUAUGGAGGGGCUCUUCAAGACUGCAACAAUGAUGGUUCUUUCAAACUGUACUGAAGAUGUUGAACUCUGUCACAAAUUCAUAGCUCCUGGUCAAAAGGACAGAUUAGAACAUAUGCUAAAAAACAACUUUUUAAUCAUUUCUUAUACUGAAGCAGUAGAGAUCUUAAAGCAGGCAUCUCAGAACUUCACCUUCACCCCAGAGUGGGGUGUUGAUCUACAUACUGAACAUGAAAAGUACCUGGUGAAACACUGUGGCAACAUACCAGUCUUCGUCAUUAAUUAUCCAUUAGCACUCAAGCCUUUCUACAUGAGGGAUAAUGAAGAUGGCCCUCAGCACACAGUUGCUGCUGUUGAUCUUCUGGUUCCUGGAGUUGGAGAGCUCUUUGGAGGAAGCCUCAGAGAGGAACGGUACCAUUUCUUAGAGCAGCGACUGGCCAGAUCAGGACUAACGGAAGCCUACCAAUGGUAUCUGGACCUCCGUCGAUUUGGAUCUGUACCACAUGGAGGCUUUGGGAUGGGAUUUGAACGCUAUCUGCAGUGCAUCUUGGGAAUUGACAAUAUCAAAGAUGUUAUCCCUUUUCCAAGAUUUACUCAUUCGUGUGUUUUAUAGCUGGAAGACCAGUUAAAGAAAAUCACCCUGUGCCAGAGGUACUGCGUGUGAAUGUGCAUAUAAGAGAAUACAUGUUUGAAGUAUAGAAAUGCAAAAGUUUCAGUAUGUAAUUGUCAUGCCCUAAGAUAUGACCUAUGAAAAAUAGAAGUGAUCAUGAUUUUCUUAGAAAGUUGAGAGCAAUUCGUGGAAAAAUGAACUCUCUCAAAAAGAUACUUGCAGCAGGUAGAAUCUCAAAAUCUAUUAUGUCAAUUAAGAAGAAAUGAAGAAACUGAACUGUGGUCUCAGAGGUCCUUUCAGACUCUUAAGACAGGAUGAGAUCGUGUGUUUUACUUUGUCUUUAAUCAUUAGAGCACUGCUCUUUGUGACCUCUGAGAAACAACUAGGAGCUAAAAAUAAAAUGUUGGAUCUUUUCUCCCUUUCCAAUUAAUCUAUGAUAAAUGCCCAUCUUAUUCUCACCGUUUUACUAAACAUUACAGAAGAAAAUAUUCCUUUUGGGGUCUUUUUUGAGUUAAUAUUAAGUUAAUGUUCUGAAUUGAAAUCUUUCAUCAGACGGGGUGCAAAAAGUCACAUUUAAUAACUGUUGAUCUUUAAGUAUAAAAAUAGCAAAUGGGAUGUAUUAUUUAAACUAAUGACUGUUGUAGUUUAUAGUAGAUGUUUGUAACUUCUCUAAUAAUAAAAUAGAUUUUUGAUACCUCUGAAAGAAAAAUACAGAUAUAUUUUUAAAUUCCAUGUGACCUUUCCACAGUGAAAAGUUGAAGAAGGUAUUUCCAGUGUAAGAUGAGCAUGCAAAUGUAGCUAAACCUGAAGGACGGGUAAUUUUGGACUCAAAAGGCAAUAUUGUCUAUUAGAGUUUUUGAGAGGAUUGCUGAUUUGGGAAUCUGAGACCUGACAACUGUAGCACUUUACGUGUAUGAUUUGGACAAGCCGUUUAUUCUGUAUGAGCUCAUACAUCAUUUUCCUCAGAGUUGAUACAACAAUUACAUGAAAGUGUGUGUGUGUGCAUGUGUGUGCACACACACACACGCACGCUUAAAACUGAAAUACUACACAAAUUUUUUUUAACUCUUGUAGUCUUCAUUGAGUUACAUAUCUAUGGACUUACAGCCAAAUUAUAUGCUCAGUAGAAUUUAUAUGUAUCAAAUAAUGGUAAAUGGCAUGCAUGCCUAAAUGAUCAAUUUUCUAAGUCUCAUUAGAUAACUUAUCUGAGGUUAUUUCCUGAUGAGUUUGUAUGUGGACUUUAUUUUAUCCUAACCCAAAGCAAAUGACUGAAAGGAACUGCCAAACCUUAGAGCUGGAAAUCACAGAAGCCACUAAGAUGUUCUCAUGACGAAACUUCUGCCUGAUGCAGAGAGAGCCUAUACCUGAGCAGGCACUUGUUGGCAAAGAGCUCAGUAUCCCACAAAAUAGCUCAUUCCAUUUCUGAAUCUGUCUCAUUUUUCGUUUUUGCGGAGCUAAAAUCUGCUUCCCUAGAACUUUAAUCCCCUGGGCUCAGAUACCAAGUUUAGGGCAGGACAAAAGAGAUAAUUAGAGCUUUCAUAAGGCUUGCCUCAAUCAUGGGCUAGAGAGAUAAAUUCAUUUGUUUGUGUAACAGAUAUUAUUUGAGCUUACUCAGUAUGCCAAGAAUGGGGCUAGGUGGUAAAUAAAUUAUAGUGAACAAAAGAGAAAUGACCCAUGCCUUCAUGGAAUUUACAGUCUAUUAGAGAAGAUACACAAUCAGUAAGCAAACAAAUGUAUUUCAAAAUAUGACAUAUGCUAUAAUAUUUUAUAAAGAACAGGGCAAGCAUAGGGGCGCCUGGGUGGCUCAGUCAUUUGAGCAUCCGACUUCGGCUCAGGUCAUGAUCUCGCGGUCUGUGAGUUCGAGCCCCGCGUCGGGCUCUGUGCUGACAGCUCAGAGCCUGGAGCCUGCUUCUGAUUCUGUGUCUCCCUCUCUCUCUGCCCCUCCCCUGCUCAUGCUCUGUCUCUCUCUCUGUCAAAAAUAAAUAAACGUUGGGCGCCUGGGUGGCGCAGUCGGUUAAGCGUCCGACUUCAGCCAGGUCACGAUCUCGCGGUCCGUGAGUUCGAGCCCCGCGUCGGGCUCUGGGCUGAUGGCUCAGAGCCUGGAGCCUGCUUCUGAUUCUGUGUCUCCCUCUCUCUCUGCCCCUCCCCCGUUCAUGCUCUGUCUCUCUCUGUCCCCCAAAAAAUAAAUAAACGUUGAAAAAAAAAUUUUUUUAAAAAAAAUAAUAAAUAAAUAAAUAAACGUAAAAAAAAUUAAAAAAAAAAAAAAAAAAGGAACAGGGCAAGCAUAGAUAACUUUGCUAGAGAAGGUAUCUCUGAAAAGGUGAUAUUUAACCUUAGACCUGGAAGACAAAUGCAGAAACCAUUUUAAAACAUUUGCAACAUCAGUCAGUAUUGAUUUGACAUUCAAGUCUUGAUACUGUAUUAAUUUUGUGAAGUGAGAAUCAGAGACUCUCACAGGCCCCCAACCUGAAGCACUAAUAUUUUCCCAGGCUCUCGGGCAUCAUGUCUCCAGUGAUUUUUGAGGAACCAGAUAGAAUUAUAAUGUUAAUAUGAUGGUGGGGCAUCAAAAAUAACAGUGAUAGAAAGAACAGUGAAUCACAGAAACCCCAGGUGCUGAUCCCAGAGCCACCAUUGAUUUAGCUGGAGAGUGUUAAUCUGGUACGAUCAUCUUUGUGCCCUCCAGUUAUUUCACCUGCAGAACUAUCAUUUCGAAAUAGAUCAACUCUAAGGAUUCUUUUUCUAUCUCUUAAUCUUUCAGGAAUCUGUGCUGGAGAUAGUCACUAAUAACAAUCGAUUUAGAGUCUAACUUAUACACUUGAUUUUUAGCACAUGUCAGGUCUCUGAAAAUGUACAGUGAAGUCAAAUCACUGAAAGUUCUGCGAUAGACUUCAGUGUGUUCAUUGUGUGUGUGCGUGGGGUGGGAGAAGGUCCUCCUCAAAUAAACAUCAUUCUUGCCUUUUUAA